AUGUCUGCGGUUGAAAAAGAAGCAACGGGAAGAGCUUCUCGUACAAGACAAACCGAAAAUACUGCUCCAAUUCCAAGUGGAGCUGGUGAGGAAACAACUGGUGGAAAGUCUAAAAAAAAAGGCGGAAAAGGAGCAAAAGUCUCUGCAGCAGCAGCAAGUACUUCAAAAAUCUCAAAAAGCAUUAAAGCAGGGUUAACAUUUCCGGUUGGUCGUAUGGCAAGAUUAUUGAAAAAAGGUAGAUAUGCAGAUAGGAUAGGAGCAGGAGCACCAGUAUAUUUAGCAGCAGUAAUAGAAUAUUUAACAGCAGAAGUAUUAGAAUUAGCAGGAAAUGCAGCUAGAGAUAAUAAGAAACAACGUAUUAUACCAAGACAUUUACAAUUAGCUAUACGUAAUGACGAAGAAUUAAAUAUUUUAUUAAGACAUGUUCAUAUAGCCGAAGGUGGUGUUUUACCAAAUAUCCAUGCCGAAUUGUUACCUAAAAAGAAAGGUAGUGAAAAGGUUAAACCUACAACUACUGUUACCAGUGCUACUGGUGCAAGUGGUGGUGCUUCUCAAUCAAAGAAAUCUACCAAGGGUGCCAAGACCACCGCAGCUGCAUCUGGCGGUAAAGCGUAG